CCCCCCCCCCAUAACUGGGGAUUGACAGCUGAACUUUCAGAUUGGAUACGACUAACAUGGUAAAAAAGAUUUGGAGCUCCUCAGUCCACAUGUACAUUGAGGAUGACCCUCCCCGUAGCAGUCUGGUAUCAUUCGCACUUGGUGAAAGGUAUCUCUUUGCGAGAUGGCUCGAGGCUCGAGUGAUAUCCGCUGAUAAAGAGCAUAUCCACCUUCGGCAUACUACAGACGAUUAUCAUAGUCCUCCGUUGAUAUUGCCCGGGAGCACGACCUUGCAAUCGUGACGGCCAGACUUCUUGACGUCAUUGUUCGCAUUCUUCCUGUAAUCUUGCCAGAGCAUCCUCCUCUGAGUGGUUCAGACUAAGUCCCGUCUAGCCAUGCACCUACAGCAGCCACGGACAGCGUACGCCAGCAAUACGAAGGGACACACGCACCUUCUCCAAGCUACUGCGAUAGCGACAAUCCUCCAGUGCCUCUCCUGUCUCUUUGUUAUGGCCGAGUGGCCUUAUUUCGUCAUGAUCUUGCAACCCAAGCUGGAUCGGCCACGGAACGAACGUCAUGAUCCCAUUCAAGAGAUAGGAUGGGAGGAUUUGCAGCUAGAACGCACCACCAACUAAAUAUGCACCACGCUACCAUUAUGCACGCUGUGCCUCCCCUCACGAUAGACCUACCAGAUCUGGCUGGUAUAUUAUUCAAAGACCUUUUGCCUCUUCUGGAACAAGAUGGCCCGAGCUGGAGGUCUGAGAGUCUGCUACGUAGAUAGGCGCGAUUUGGAGUGGAGUGGGGGGAAAAGUUCGAAUUUGAAGAGAGCCAACGAGGGAAAACAAGCCACCGGGGAGCUCCCCGAGCGUUCCAACAAUCCGC